GAACACUAGAAAAUUCAGUAUACGACAACAGUGAUUGAUUGAAGUUGAAACCCUUUUUCCGUUCUUCGGUCACACGUUUAACAUUUUUUCUUCAAAACAACACCAAAUUUCAACAGAUGUUGUAAACUAUUUCGCCAAUCAAUUCCAUAUUCAACAACAAAACCCCAAAUCUCCAACUUCGGGUUUUUAAUCUCUACUUAAAAACUUCACCCACUCAGACCCCCCAUCACACGCACACACAAACACUCACAGAUCCUCGAACACAUCAAUCCCUGUAUUGCGUCGAGAAUCGAUGAUGACGAAACUCUUUCUAGGGUUCAUAUUAUUAAGCUGCUUCUAUCAUCAAUCAGCAAUGGGUCGUUUCGUAGUGGAAAAAAACAGCUUAACAGUAUCUUCACCAGAAAGCAUCAAGGGAAAUCACGAUAGUGCCAUCGGCAACUUCGGUAUUCCUCAAUACGGUGGUAGUAUGGCCGGAACUGUGAGUUACCCAAAAGAAAACAGAAAAGGUUGUCGUGAAUUCGAUGAAUUUGGUAUUGCUUUUAAAGCCAAACCUGGUACUUUGCCGACGUUUGUUUUACUCGAUCGUGGAGACUGUUUCUUCGCGUUAAAAGUAUGGAACGCGCAAAACGCAGGCGCAUCCGCAGUCUUGGUAGCAGACGACCUCGACGAGCCGCUAAUCACCAUGGACACACCGGAAGAAGACAGCGCAUCAUCAAAAUACAUCGAAAACAUAACAAUUCCAUCCGCCCUAAUCUCCAAAUCAUUUGGAGAAAAAUUAAAAAAAUCCAUAAGUGAUGGAGACAUGGUCAACGUAAACCUUGACUGGAGAGAAUCGGUCCCACAUCCAGAUGAUCGUGUAGAAUACGAACUUUGGACAAAUAGCAACGAUGAAUGUGGAAUAAAAUGUGAUAUGUUAAUGGAUUUUGUUAAAAAUUUCAAAGGUGCAGCACAAAUUUUAGAAAAAGGGGGGUAUACAUUGUUUACACCUCAUUAUAUAACAUGGUAUUGUCCUCAAGCUUUUACAAUAAGUAAACAAUGUAAGUCACAAUGUAUAAACCAUGGGAGGUAUUGUGCUCCUGACCCUGAACAAGAUUUUAGUCAAGGGUAUGAAGGGAAAGAUGUGGUUAUUGAAAAUUUGAGGCAACUUUGUGUUUUUAAAGUGGCAAAUGAGACAAAAAAGCCAUGGGUUUGGUGGGAUUAUGUUACGGAUUUUCAAAUAAGGUGUCCAAUGAAGGAAAAGAAGUAUAAUAAAGAUUGUGCUGAUGGGGUUAUCAAUUCUUUAGGACUUGAUUUGAAGAAGAUUGAGAGAUGUAUGGGAGACCCUAAUGCAGAUUCUGAUAAUCCUCUCCUCAAAGAAGAACAAGAUGCUCAAAUUGGGAAAGGGUCAAGAGGUGAUGUGACCAUAUUGCCCACACUAGUUGUUAAUAAUCGACAAUACAGAGGAAAGUUGGAGAAAGGUGCUGUUUUGAAGGCCAUUUGUGCUGGUUUUGAAGAAACAACUGAGCCAGCUGCUUGUCUGAGUGAUGAUGUGGAAACAAAUGAGUGCUUGGAGAAUCAUGGUGGAUGCUGGCAUGACAAAAUUGCCAAUGUCACUGCAUGCAAGGACACUUUUCGUGGGAGAGUUUGUGAAUGCCCUUUAGUUGAUGGUGUACAAUUUAAAGGAGAUGGUUAUACCUCCUGUGAAGCAAGUGGGCCCGGACGUUGCAAGAUCAAUAACGGAGGAUGUUGGCAUGAAACCCGAGAUGGGCAUUCAUAUUCCGCUUGCUCGGAUAGUGGAAAUGGGAAAUGUGCAUGCCCUGUUGGGUUUAAAGGUGAUGGUGUCAAAAGUUGUGAAGAUAUUGAUGAAUGCAAAGAGAAGAAAGCAUGUCAAUGUCCUGAAUGUAGUUGCAAGAAUACAUGGGGAAGCUAUGAGUGCACGUGUAGUGGUGACCUUUUGUAUAUAAGAGACCAUGAUACAUGCAUAAGCAAAAGGGCUGUUCAAGGAAAAUCUGCAUGGAGUGCUGUUUGGAUCAUUUUAUUGGUGUUAGGUUCGGUUGCUGGUGGAGCAUAUCUUGUCUACAAAUAUAGAUUAAGGACUUACAUGGAUUCGGAGAUAAGAGCGAUUAUGGCACAAUACAUGCCAUUGGACAACCAAAGUGAAGUACCCAAUCAUUUACAAGUCGGAAGCAAUAUACAACAUGUGAUCGGUCAAAUUUAUAUUUUAACAACGCAUUUUCGAUGCAAAAGUGUUGUAUGA